CGCCCGCCCCGGCUACGAACAUUCAAGGCGUUGGUGUGAAUGGAGAAGCGAAGGAUUUGAGUUGCGAAUUCCAAGUGCUGUCACAGACUACGGGAUGGUUUACGUUUGAUCACAUGGAACGGAAUUCACGUACACUUUACGCCUUUCUAGUCAGUUGUUUACAUGGCAUAAGCUUGGUAACUACGGUCGGCGAAUCUACGUUGGAAUUACAGUGAGCUCCUCAAAAGUCAUUUCAUGCCGAUGUAGGCUACUAUGUGACCAACCACGAAAUCAAGAAAAUAUGGAGGGAGUACUUUAUAAGUGGACAAACUACAUCAGUGGUUGGCAGCCGCGCUGGUUCGUGUUGGAUGGGGGCACUCUGUCGUACUACGACUCCCAGGAGGAAGCCUGGAAGGGCUGCAAGGGCAGCAUCAAGAUCUCUGUCUGUGAGAUCCAAGUGCACCCGUCAGACUUCACGCGUGUGGACCUCACCAUCCCUGGGGAGCAGUAUUUCUACCUGCGCGCCAUCAACGCGGCCGAGAGGCAGAAGUGGCUGGUGGCACUGGGCACCGCUAAGGCCUGCCUCACAGACAACCGCACCAAGAGAGAGAAGGAGCUUCAGGAGAACACAGAGGCACUGAAGACCAAGAUGUCGGAGCUGCGUCUGUACUGUGACCUCCUGCUCCAGCAGGUCAACAAGAUCAAAGACAGUCCAGAUGUAGACCUGCCGCUCUCCACAGAGGCCGGUGGGGACAUGGGCGGUCUGGUGAAGUCCACCUGCAGCACGUUCCUGAGGACACUGGAGGAGUGCAUGCAGAUCGCAAGCCGAACUUUCAACCCUGACCUCCUGACCCUGAGCCCCCCGGGGUCGCCCCCCAUCGCCGCCGUCAAGCCCCAGAAGGUGAGGCCCAUUAAUCAGACCAGUCCACACCUUGGUCACAGGAAGCGAGAGGCGAGCAGUUCUUCUCAGUCGGAGCUGACUGGCCUGCCUGAGGCGGGGUUACCUGCGACUGACGCCGGACCAAAGGCUGAUCCUUCACCUGAGCCCCCACACACACCCACCACCGGACCAGAGGACACUCACACACACGCUUCAGAGGAACUCAAGUCCCCAGAUGUCCCCCCGACCGCCCCUCAGAGUUCCGACGCUGUUGUGCAGGAGGAGCAUGACUCAGGCCACACCCACACACAGGUAGAGGGAGGGGCCAACAAGGGCUCCACUGAGCAACCUCCAAUGGAGGAGAAGGAGGCGGAACAGGAAGAGGACGGCAACCAAUCAGGGGAGGAGGAGGAGGAUGAGGAGGAAGGGGUGGAUACAUUCUUCAGCACCAUGAGCCACAGAUUUAGUGAUAUAACCCUGGAGGAGGACUCUGGGAUUCCCACUCAGGCUUUUCUGGACUCUUGCUAUGCUAUAGUACCUGUAUUAGAUAAACUGGGGCCCACUGUGUUUGCUCCUGUUAAAAUAGACUUUGUGGGGAACAUCAAGAAGAUCCAGCAGAAGCUGCAGACGGCCCCGGCGAGCAUGGCGACGCUGCAGGCCAUGGUGCUGCACGAGGUGCAGGCUGAGGAGGCGCAGGUACGCAACUCCGCCACCGAGGCCCUGCUCUGGCUCCGACGCGGCCUGCGCUUCCUAUGGGACUUCCUGUCCGAGGUGCACGCCGGCCAGCAUAACAUCCACGGGGCGCUGAAUAACGCCUACGGACGAACUCUGAGGCAGUACCACGGCUGGGUCAUCAGAGGGGUGUUUGCAUUGGCGCUGCGCGCAGCGCCCUCCUAUGGUGCGUUUGCGUCAGCGCUGGUCUUGCAGGAGGGCGACGAGCUGAAGGAGGGUUUCAGAGCAGCCAUGAGACGAGACCUGGGCGUCUACCUGCCCGCCAUGCAGCAGCAGCUGGACAUCCUGGAUGCCCUGUACGACCAACACAACCUGGAGUCCGACGAGGUGGUCUGACCAGCCGUGUGUGUGUGCGUGCCAUGCAGCAACAGCUGGACUUCCUCGGUGCCCUGUACGACCAACACAGCCUCAAGUCCCACGAGGUGGUGUAAGCGAACCACACGGGACCAUCCCCCACGUGCGUGUGUGUUUGUGUGGGAUGGUGAUCUCUGUGGUGUGUGUGUGUGUGUGUGUGUAUCUGGGGGCAUGAUGCCCUGAUGGCAGGCUGCUGGCAGUUUGCCCACCACGGUACCGGGCACUGGCAAUCUCAUCUCACUGUGCAGAGUUGCUGACACAUGAAGGAAGAAAAGUGUGUGUGUGUGUGUGUGUGUGUGUGUGUGUGUGUGUGUGUGUGUGUGUGUGUGUGUGUGUGUGCACGCCUCCUCUCCUCUCCUCAGUGCUCCAAACCAGCCUGCAGGCUAUGCUUUGUCUACUACUACUACUAGGGCUGCUUGAUAGUGUUACUGUUCACCACAUUCCGUCUUAAACUGUACAACACACACACACACACACACACACACACGCACACGCAUGCACACGCACGCACACACACACACAUUCUCCUGUAUCAUGAGUUUACAGCAGCCCAUCAGCUCCUUGAUUUCCGGUCUGGGAGAGAAGAGAGGCAUCCACUCUGCGUCCACUCUCCUUUAACGGAGGCUGUGUCGGCUGUGUCCACUCUCUCCUCUAACGGAGGCUGUGUCCACUCUCUCCUUUAACGGAGGCUGUGUCCACUCUCCUCUAACGGAGGCUGUGUCCACUCUCCUCUAACGGAGGCUGUGUCCACUCUCUCCUUUAACGGAGGCUGUGUCCACUCUCUCCUUUAACGGAGGCUGUGUCCACUCUCUCCUCUAACGGAGGCUGUGUCCACUCUCC